AUGUCAAACCUUAUCAACUAUAUUGUUAAGAUCAACAAAGGUUUAUUUCGAUCAUCUUUAACAAAGGGAUCCAAACCUGUAUUUCCAACUAGAAUAUCAAAUUUUGAAAUCAAUCCUAAUGAAAAAUGGGCCAUCUGUGGUACAGGUAAAGCGAAGUUCAUGAAUAUUUUAAGUAAUAAAUAUUUAGGUGAUCCAUCAAGAUUAGCCUUAAGAUACUCUUCCAAGACCCGUCAUACAUUACCUCGAAUUGAAACAAUUCAAUUUAGUGGAGCUAUCCCCACGGCUCAUUUAAGUGCACGAUAUGAAUACUUUAAAGAUGAAUUUGAUCAAACUUGUAAACAAUUUAUAUUGAAUAAUUCAAUUGGUUCAAACAAUGUAUCAUAUGAUGUUAUAUUAAGAGAUGAUAAGAUUAGUGAUAAGUUAUAUAAUAUCUUAAUCAAAGAAUUACAAUUGACUGAGUUAGAAAAUCGGUGGGCUAUGGGAUUAAGUAAUGGACAAAUGCGUCGUGCAAGAUUAGCAAGAGCAUUAUUAAAGGAACCUGAUUUAUUAUUAGUCGAUGAUCCAUUUCUUGGAUUAGAUCCCAAUGCAGCAUCAAUAAUUUCUAAGUUUUUUUCCGAAAGUGAAACAAUCAUUGGAACUCCAAUUACUAUCGGACUUAGAUACCAAGAUCCAAUUCCACAAUGGUGUACUCAUGUUUGUUUUGUCGAUGAACAACAGGGAAUCCUAUUUAGUGGUAUUAAAGAUCAAAAACUUGAAUCUCAAAUUCGAGAGUUUCAACAUAAUGAAAGAAAUAAAAUUAAAGAAAUCCUUGAGAGUCAACGUAUUGAUAGUCCUUACACUAUAGAUGAUUUAAUCUCUUCACAUUCAAUGUAUCGUACGGAUAUCAAUAAUCAUGAAACUAUCAAAGUUUCUGUUGACACUACAGAAUCCAUUAUUCCUGCCAUUGAAUUUAAAGGUGUCAAUGUUACAUAUCGUGGGGAACCUAUCUUAAAAGAUUUAAAAUGGUCCAUAGAGCCUGGUAGUAAAUGGCAUGUUCGUGGCGAUAAUGGUAGUGGGAAGUCUACGUUAUUAUCCAUGAUCGUAGCCGAACAUCCACAAUCUUGGAAUAAAAAUGUUGUUGAGAAUGGUAUAGAACGUCGUACAGGUCAAACCAGUUAUUUUGAAAUUAAUAAGAAGAUAGGGAUGUCAUCACCUGAAUUACAUGCAAUUUUUGCAAAGAGAGGUAAUAAGAUAUCUAUUAAAGAGAGUAUAUCAUCCGGAUUACAUGAAGGUUCUUCAAAUAAUUUUUUACCAAUGUGGAAUAAAUUAUCGCAAGAACAGCAAAGAUUGAUUCAAAUGUAUAUGGAUCAUUUUUCAUUAACUUCAAUAAAGGAUAAAACGUUUGAUGAAUUGAAUGUAUCACAACAAAAACUUGUAUUAUUUAUUCGUGCGGUGAUCAAGAUGCCACAGAUAUUAAUUCUUGAUGAAGCAUUUUCGGGGAUGCAAGAUACUGAAAUGAUCCGUUGUUAUGAAUCAUUAGAUAGAUGGCCUGGUACUGUAUUAGUAGUAGCUCAUAUCCUUGAAGAAACACCACAUUGUGACCAUUACAUACGAUUAGUGUCUCCAGGUAAUUACAAGAUAGGAGAUGUUUCCAACAAUUGA